AUGAUAUUCUCGCAAGCUGUGAUCAUUGAGACCAAUAUCGCUGGACGACGCGUGAAGAGACGGUGUGUGGUCGUGGUUGAAGCCUUGGCGCUCACUUCGGCAAUUACCUCCGGAAAUCAAGACAUGAUAUUUCUUGGCAAAAAGAAAUGCCAACUGGCCCAAGUGGCCAAGACAUCGACCAAGUUGACUGAAGCUUUGGGGCGUUGGGACCACGGACAGGAGUCCUUUCUUGGCCAACCCUCCACAGUUCCUCCACAAUCCUCUAUCCACAUCACGACGCGGGGGGGAACUGACAAGGGAGCAAAAUUUCCAACAAAGAGAUGGAUCACUGGGGGAGAUUGCGGCUUUUCGAAUCCAUCCGAUUGUUGGCUAGUUUUCUCCGUUGACCACGGUCUAGAAAUUCCAUCAAUCAGUUGCUCGCGUAGACCAGACGGCGCAGUCGACCCUGGAAACCGACAUGCAGGCAACCUGCACAAUCUCCGAAUCCACCUCAGCUUAAGCUCGUUGGCUCGCAUCUUCCCCAACUUCCCCCCCUCGUCGCGAUGGGGUUCGAGGCUGGUCAACCCUUCAAACCCCAUGGGCGCACGGCUGGGGGAGCCUGGAGAGCCUGGGGCUACUGCGAGGCCGGCGAGAGACCCGGUGCGGCGGUCUGCUGAUUACGCGGAUGGACUGAUGCGGGAGUACCAGGACGCUGAACGAGAGGAGAAACGAGGGCUUGAUAGGUGGAAUGGGUUGUGUUGUUUCUCCUUCGCGCAGUGCCUGCUUAUUCUACCCCUGCCAUGUUACCCCGACUUUGGAGAGACGUCGAAUAUUUUCAUAGCCGAAGAGCUGUCCAUUGCCAAGCGGAACGAGUAUAUGAAGACGCUCGCGCUCUGGGAGUUGUUCUGGAUGGCUGAUCACCUCCCCCGAGCAGCCUCCUUACUUGGCAACUCACUUGGCAAUCCCACUCAACCUCCCAUGAGAGUCUCUUCCAUCUUCGCCGUCCUGGCGGCUGCCAGCAGCGCCCUUGCCUACUCGGCCGAGUUGAUUCCGGCCGGCGUCCCUCGCAACGUGGACGAGUUCCGCGUUAAGCACCCUUACCAGAAGCGAUCCAGGGGCUGCCGCAACACCUACACUCUGCGCGCCUCGGAGAACGACCUGGAUGACGUCUCUGACGAGUUUGUCGAGGGCCUGAAGCUGGCCAACAACGGCGGCACUCUGCACCUCCCCGCAAACCAGACAUUCAUCAUUGGCAAGCCUCUCGAUCUGACGUGGCUCAAUGAUAUCCACGUCCACUGGGAGGGUGAGAUCAAGUUCACCAACGACACCCCGUACUGGCAGGCCAAUGCCUUCCACCAUCCGUUCCAGAACUCCAUCAUGUUCUGGAAGUGGGGAGGCAAGGACGUCAAGCUGUACGGCCAGGGUGUCUUGAACGGCAACGGUCAGAGAUGGUGGAACGAGUUUGCCGGUCUUGAGAUUCUGGACCCCACAAACGCCUACCUCCGGCCUAUCCUGUUUUAUGCGGAGAACGCGACCGGAUUGUCCAUUGAGGGCAUCCACUUCAAGGACUCUCCUUGCUGGACUACCUUCAUUGUGACUUCCAAGGACAUCUCCUUCACCGACGUCAUUGUCACCGCCGAGACCAACAACCACACUGCCGAGCCCAAGAACACCGACUUCUUCGACUCUCUGAACGUUGAAGAUGUCCGCGUCAAGCGCGCCUGGGUGAACAUUGGUGACGACUGCUUCUCCCCCAAGUCCAACGCCACCAACGUCCACGUCGACACCAUGUACUGCAACGGCACCCACGGACAGUCCAUCGGAUCUCUUGGUCAGUACGCCGGCGAGAAGAGCUUCGUCAAGGACGUCGUCAUUGAGAACGUCUGGAUGCUCAACGGCCAGCACGGUGCCCGCCUCAAGACCUGGGCCGGCCCCAACAUUGGCUACGGCUUUAUCGACAACGUCACCUUCCGCAACUUCUGGCAGGCAAACAACGAGUACACGGCCUUCAUUGACUCGUGCUACUUCAACAUCAACGCCACCACCUGCGCUGCGUACCCCUCCCAGAUGAACAUCAGCAACAUUCUGUUUGAGAACUUCUCUGGAUACUCGAGCGGCAAGUACGGCCGUGCUGUCGCUAAGCUUACUUGCUCCACCAACCCGAACGCCGUCUGCGACAACAUUCAGUUCAAGAACUUCAACAUCACUACCCCGUGCGGUGGUGACCCCGUCAUUCUCUGCGACGGUAUCAAGGGAGACAUUGGGACGCCCUGCGUUUCCGCCACUAGUGAUGAGGGUAAGGCUGCCCUGGCGGCCAACCACUCCAUGGGAGGUCAGGCCCUUCAAGGGUUGAUUAGUGAUCGGCUUACACUCGUCUCUGAAUGCGAGUCGUGCCAGAUGUCAGGAGUCAAGAUGGUGACCAAGUCGUACCUUGUAGUGACGACAUAG